UGGGCAAACCCGUUGAAAUUGUGUUCGAAUUUGAUACGGUUCGCAAUUUCAGUGCCAUCGUUUUGCAUACGAACAACAUGUACACCAAGGAUGUGCAGGUCUUCGUGCAUGCGAAGGUCUUCGUCAGCAUCGAUGGACGCUACUUUUCCGGCGAACCCGUUCAGUUUUCCUAUAUGCCCGAUACGAUAAUGGAUCAUGCUCGCGAUGUGACCAUUAAGCUGCAUCAUCGCGUGGGCAAAUAUCUGAAAAUCAAUUUGUACUUUGCUGUCAAAUGGAUUAUGUUAUCCGAGACCAGUUUUAUAUCUAGUAAGUAAAUUGCAAGCAGUAAA